AAACACGGAGAGGAAGGAGGCAGCGCCGCCGCCGCCGCUCCGCUACCGCGCACCCCAAGCUCUAAAACCCUAGUGGCUCCAUCCAUGGCUGCCGCUCCACAGGCCGUGUCGGCACCCCCGUCCUCCGCCGCCGCCCCGAACCCCGGCAAGCGCAAGACGCGGCCCAAGGGCAAGGGCAGCAAGAACAAGGCGAAGAAGAAGAAGCUCGCGCGCUCCGAGCAGGACGACUCCGUCCGCCGCCACCGCAACAAGCCCAGCGCCAAGUUCCUCAAGCUGCUCCGGAAGCGCGCCCGCGACUACAACUCCGACGAUGACGAGGAAGAGGAGGAGCAGGAGCACCCGCCGAGUCCACGCCGCCGCCGCCGUGACGACGACGACGGCGGUGACGACGACGACGACGAGGAGGCCCUAUCCCACUCCGACCAGGAGGAGGACGAUGAGGAAGAGGGGGUCUCCACCUCUGCCGUCACCAGGUUCGAGCAAGGCUGCAGGGCGUUCCGCGUCGCCUUCCUCAAGAUAAUGAACAAGAAGCUCCCUGACGACCCCCUGGGUCCAAUUCUGUCAGCGCACAAGAAAUUGGUCGCGGCCAAGUUGGCCGAAGAAGCAGGGGAGCACAAGCCCAAAGGGGAGGCUAGAAAGGAGAAGCGAGUGGCAGCAGAGAAGGGCCAUGUCAUACCUAAAGACCACUUGGACAGCAAAGAGAAGGAACUCAUCAAGGUUGCUACAAAGGGGGUUGUUAGGCUGUUCAAUGCGGUGAGCAAGGCACAGAAACCUCGGAAAGAUUUGAACCCAUCAAGAACUAAAGAUGCCAAAGUUUUAGCAAAAGAAAGGAAAAACACCUUCCUCGCGGAACUGAAGAUGCCAUCACAUCAAGAUAAAAAGAGCCAGGCACCUUCAAAUUUCUCUAGCGUACUGGCAAAGACGAAGAUGAGCCGGCAUGGGCACCCCUGCGAGACACAUACAUGCUUGGUUCUAAAUUAAAGGACUGGGAUAAAAUGAAGGAUUCUGCUGCGGAGACACAGGCAGAGAUUCCCUUAGGUGACUCUUCGGAUGAGGAAUAGGAAUACAAUCUGUUUACUCGAAGUCAUAUUAGAGAUUGAUUCUGUUGCUGUAUUCCGUGUGCGUUGUUUGUAAAGCGAGAUGAGCUGUGUUUUGGAUAUUCAAAUUAUCAAAUUCACACCCCCUCUCAUCUGUUUUGCAGGCUUUUUUUCAUUGCAUCGCUUUGGUGCUAAAUAUAUAGUAUAUCUUAUAAAUGCA